AUGGAUCUUUUAAUAACGGCAGAACCUCAUUUUAUUCCAGGAUAUUCCGGUUAUUGUCCGCAGUACCAAUUCAAUUACGGUGAAACGUAUGCAAAAACUACGCAUAAACUAUUGCUCGAUCCUACAAUUAAUCAUGCGAAAACACUCAUCCUAGCUGAUCGUGCAGUUACCAAUUGCGAGCGACCAUCAAAGAGAGACAUUGAUGUGGUCAAUGCCCGUUUCAAGAGAACCGAUCCUCUCUUCGUUCAUCCCAUGUUGCCAGGAUACAAGGGUUUUGUACCGGGAUCGAACAUUAGUCUGGGACAAAGAUACGCGGUGCACGCGACCGAAGGUCUCGCAGACUUCGAACGACAACAAUUGCAACAUAAGGCGGCUUUAGAUCGGCUGAGGAGAACGAUCAAUGUGCAAUGUGGUCGAGCCGAGCCCCGGAAUUUGGAAGAACGUUUGCUAGUUAAAACCACAUAUAAAUUACCUUUGCUUACUGUGCGACCUGAAUAUAUAACAACGAUGAAUGAUAAUUUAUCAUCCGACAAGAAAUAUAAACAAAAUCCCAAAUGGUGUUCCUUUAUCCGCAAAAACGCGAAAAGAUACGCGACUCAUAUUCCUCACGGCUAUUUCAAAACAUCGAUUAUUCCAUCAUAUGACGAUGCAUUAUACAGUUUUGCAAAGUGUCAAAAAGAUAUACAAAGUAUAAAAUAUAAAAUAAUGACGAUUUAUCCGGAACCUCCGUUACUUGUAAAAUCCACUGAAAUCUACCAUAAAAACAUCGGAAUGAUACCGAAUUAUUUUGGAUAUAUUCCUGGAGCAAUGUUCAGAUGCGGUAAAACGUUCGGAGCUGAUUCAAAAGAUGUCAAGAAAUGA